AAAAUUUGUUAUUCGACUGAUUAAUGUGCACCUUGAAGCCAUCAACAAAUUGCAUGCUUAAGUGCUCAUUAAUUUCCUCGAUACCGUUGUGUCCGACGAAUUAUCAAACUCGCUUUAUCAUGAGUGAUAAUAUUUUUAAAUUAUCCAGACUGAGUGUUUUGAUGAACUUCUGACAUUUUUGUCUCUCGUUCUGUGUAUAAGUAAUCCAGAUAUUCAAUUUGGAUGAUAGAUGAAUAUUGCAGAUAUAGCAAUAGACAUGAUCGGCAGUUUAUCAAAUCGUGUCUAGUCAACAUGAAAUUUGCUACAUUGGCUCUACGUUCAACCUCCUUAAGCAUCGUAUGAUUUGACAUCGAUCUCAGUUCAAACGAUGGGAUGAAAUGAAAACAGCAACAACAAGCGAGAUUGGAAUCUAUCCAUACUUCCGAAAGUAUGGCCCGUUCGAGUCUGAGAUUAUAUUGAUCAAUCAGUAUGAGGUUGCCGACUGCAUGCCUACGAAACGUUAUCAAUCAACAAAUUUGUGUGAAUAAGAUACCAAUCUUUGGGCUGUUGAAAAGGCAAAAACAAAAAUUAAAACUAAAAAAUACUGUGAAGCCAAAAAAGAAGUUCUCGAUGAAAAGAAUAAGCCAUACCACGAGCUUCAUAAAGAGAGACUUGUCAAGGAGGUUACAUGAGAAUGUGGCGGUUGUUACCAAUAUAAUGGCAGAACGUAUCGCUUCAAGUCUCAACGGCAUAUAGGUUUGGUAUUGGCUCAAUCUGACCAACUAAUCAUAAUCAGAAAUCCCGCAAGAAAACGUGAUAUUUUGAACAACCUGAACUUUUAAUCGAUUAAGGCGAUCAUAUUUAUCGCAGCAUCUUACAACUCUUACGGAUGUUCUACAUAUCUAUAAACAACGAGCAUAAUAUUCGAGGUA